UUCUCAAACAAUUGCAUGUUAUAAUAAUGUUAAUAACAUGCAGAUCAUACACUCAACGCUAAAAACCAUACGCAAGGGCUACGCCACCGUAGAUGCCGACUUGGCGUGUGUGACCUUAACAGUUAGGCUGCAAUGCGCAGACAUGCCGAGGUCCAAUAAUUGCCGGCUACUCUAACUCAUCAACUAAUUUCAUCGCUGUCAGCAUCCUUGCUAGUAGCUGUACCUACUUAGAAGAAUCAAAAACAAAGAGCUGUACGUUGAAUCGCCAUUCUUUAAUCGAGCGAGUACAGCACAAUAAAACGACGCGCACAGAUCUUGCAUAAACAUUAGACAAGAUGACGCCGCCGCAUACCCAAGAAUUUGAAGACGCUAUUACUGUCACACCAAAGUCAUCGCAUACAUAUUCAACAAAUCUUAACAACAACUGGGCGAUCGGAGCAGUUCCUCAUGGCGGCUACACAAUGGCGGUCCUGUACCGCCUCGCUAUAACGCAUUUCAAACAUACUCAUCCAACCCGACACAACUCAGACCCUAUGCCAAUCUCCAUGCAGAUGACAUUUCUUCGGCGAUCGACUGUCGGGCCAGCGAUUCUCACCGUUGAAGACGCCAAAUUGGGCGCAAGAACAUCGACGAUACACGUGACUCUCUCACAGGAAGACUCACGGUCGUCACAGAACGGCGAGCUCAAAAAGAACACUGCUAGAGUGGUCGGCUAUAUUACUGUCUCGGACCCGGUGUCUGACGUUGGUAUUUCGAGUCCAUCGGACUGGACACUGUACCCGCCUCCACCCAGCCAGCAACCGCCCGAUGUCAAGUUGACACCCGAGGGUUCCUUCGCGCUUGCAACAGAUAACAGCCUGUGGAAAGCGGUUGGGUCGAAAUUCUCCAAAUUCCGGCGUGUAGGAAACCACACAGCGAUCUUCGGGCCGGCUCAUGGUGAUAAACUCGGAAUCGUGGAUCAGUGGGCACGGCUGCGGACUGUUGGUCCUCAAGGCGGACGUGGAAGAUGGACGAACGAGGCGGCAGUGGUUCUGAUCGACCUCUUCCCCAUGGCGCUUGGCGGGCUGGAUCGUCAGGCAGUGUAUUCGACAGCUGACGGAGACGCGACACCGCCGUUCUGGUUCCCAACCGUCUCGCUGAACAUUGACUUUAAGAAACGGCUGCCUACAGAAGGCGUGGACUGGCUUUAUUCCCGAGUGAAUAUGAAGACGGUUCGGAAUGGCAGAACAGAUAUUGAGGUCAUCAUGAAGGAUGAGGCGGGAGACAUUGUGGCCCUGGGCUCGCAGGUUGGACUGGUGGUGGGCGCGUCUCGCAACACGAGCGGGAGGAACUAUGAGAAAUCGGCCGAUGCGAAGGCCAAGAUCUGAUAGACAAACCAAAGAAUACACUAACUACACUUUACACAUAAUAGUAAUAGUAUUAAGUAGCACUCUCGCCACAAUUAGCCCAUAAUAAUACCAACAACCACUUGUCCACCAAGUCUAAC